GACCGGUCAGAGGAAAAAGACGAUAAAUCAGAGACAGAACAUGAGCCUGAUGCCCAGGGGGAGUUAGAAUUUAGGAGGAAUCCCCGACGGAAUCGUCAACUACCUGCCCGUUUUCGGCGCAUUAUCAUUAACGAUAUUUCUACUUUUUCAGAUUCCAGUAAAAGUCCGAGGUCAGGCCGAGGCGAUGCUACAUGUAGCCAAAAAUUAAGCUGUCCAGAUUGCGAUGCAAAGUUCCGGCGCAGAGAUAAUCUACGCAGUCACAUUAGACGCAAACAUCGGGGGCACAGAAGUCAUGACAAACCGAAUACUGAGGAUCCAAAGACAGAAACGCAGGAUACGAAAGUGGAAGAUACGGAGCAUAGAGAGGAAAGCUGGAGAGGGGAAAUCCUACAGUUAUCCCCUGGCUCGGAAACGUUGGUCGAAGAGGUUUUGAACCAGCCGGCUCCGAAAGUCUGGUUGAUUCAAGGUAAACCUGCUAUGUUGACGGCCUCUGCCAGAGAGCAGCUACGGAUGGAGAAAAAGACAGAAGCAGACCUACCAGGACUGCAGGCGGAAGUCCUUUCGCAAAUCACCAAAGUCCACGACGACGUGGAGGACACCUUUUACGUCAAAGGCGAAGUUGUCCGGGUUCGCCGCUACAAGAGGACCUUCUUCAUGUCAAGAAAAAGAACUUAAGAGAGUUAAAUAGAGUAGUUAUAUUAGUUGAUGACACAGAGGUAUCCU